CGGCGGAAUCUUUUUCGAGCAGAGCAGAGCCCACUUGAUCUGUCCCCAGCUUCUGCUUCUUUUGAUAUUCCUUUGUUUCCUCUUCUCGUUCUUGUCUUUCUUCUUCUUCUUGUUCUUUCUUUGAUCAUUCAUUCUCUAUUCACCUGCCCCUCUCUCGCGCUUCUCGUGCUCGUCCGCCCCCAUCCUCUAUCACCAGGAAUGGCCCUCGUCCCCGUCCUCUUCUCGCAUCCCUACUCUUCCUAGACCAGACACCGCCUGUCUUUCUCUAUCCUGGCCCUUCUCCCUCUGGCCACGCUCGCCUCUCCCGAAUGCCGCUACCGCUGCGUGUGCGCAACAUUGUCGGUCUGUCAAAGCACUCCAACCCUGGCGCUUCUGGCGCCGCCGAAUCCGCAUUCUCACCCGCGGUAAAAAUCGCCUCUUCCUUCGGCGAACGCGGUCCUGCACCCAUGGAUUCGCAGCAUGAGCAGCAGGAACCUCAGCAGCAGCAUGAGCAACAGCAGCAACAGCAGCAACAGCAGCAGCCGCAGCAAGAGAGGCAUCCUCAACACCUCGAUGCAAGCAAACUCGCAAUCUCCUCGCCUCGGAGGCCAAAACGAGCAAACAUGGACGUCCAUGAACCGUCGCCGAGGAUGCAACCGCAAUUUGCCGAAGAAAACGCAAAGACAAGGCAACGGCAAAUAUACGCCUCGUCUCCGCAUCUCGCCCGCCAAACCGAGAGACCGGUAGCUCCAAAUACGACACAGACUACGACUACUACAACAAAACCUUCUGACCAGAACUCGAAUAAUCAACCUGCACCUACAAAUACAGACUCGACAGAUGCCCACAGCCCGAAAUCCCUCCCCCGCACCACCACCGACCGCACCACCUCCGGAUCAGCACCAGCUACAAGACCAAGUUCGCCCGCGCAAAGACGAAAAGUGCUUCCUCGGGAGUUCUUCAAGUGCGACUACGCCGACCUGCUGGUCUUGAUCUCGUCUAUGCUAUCCGAACUCGUCAAACUCAAUGACUCGCUCCCGCUCGUGCAGUCGCAGCUCACCCGCUUCCAUUCGCGCGCACCACCCGCCAUAUCCCACAGAGACUACCUCCACCGCCUGAUCCGCUUCUGCUCGCUCGAGAAAGCGACUCUGCUCUCGAUGGUAUUCUACAUCGACCUUCUCUGCGCUGCGUUCUCGGCCUUCACCAUAUCCUCUCUCACAGUCCAUCGGUUCCUCAUCACCGCCGCGACAGUUGCCAGCAAAGGUCUCUGCGACAGCUUCUGCACCAACUCGCACUAUGCGAAAGUGGGCGGUGUCUCGCUCGCAGAGCUGAAUUUACUAGAAGUCGAGUUUUUGGUUCGCGUCGGGUGGCGCGUCGUCCCAGCCGUGCAGACUCUGGACGAGUACUAUAGACGCAUGGUCGCGAGGAUGGACGACGUCUAUACUCUCGACACAGACACCGAAAGCGAAGACGAACAAGUUACUCCGCAAGAGCCCUCACGCUCCCAAUAAUCAACAUCUCUUUGACCCAUCUUACAUUGCAUAGAUUACUGCUCUUUUUCGUUUGUUUGUUUCUGCUUCAUCUCAUGUCUUUCUUUUUUUGUCUUAUGAAUUUCGAUACACUUUCGGAGUCUAAAACAGAGUAUGGUCCAUUUCUAAUAAAUAUCACACAUAACAAUUA